AUGAAAUUUCAAAAAAAACUUGAUCUAUUAGAAGAAACAACCGUUGAAUUUAUUACCAAUAAUAUUAAUAUUGCUAUGGAAGGUCUAUUAGAGGAAACAACCGAUAAAUUUAUUACAUAUCAUAUUACUACGGAAGAUCUAUUAAAAGGAACAAACAUUGAAUCUAUUACAAACAAAAUUGCCACGGAGGAUCUAUUGGAAGAAACUACCGAUGAAUUUAUUACAAAUAAUAUUGUUACGGAGGAUCUGUUAGAAGAAACAACUGCUGAAUUUAUUACAAAUAAUAUUGUUACGGAUU